AUGGCAAGGAGACCAAAGAAACCUUCUUCUUCAAGCUCAGAACAUGAUGAGGGGCAAUCGGCUAAAGAGGAUGAAGACGUUGGACACGAAGGUUCACCUAGAGGUAAUACACCUCUUCGUUCUCCUAAUCCCACUAAACAACACAAUGACAAGGUUCCAACUCCUCCUCCAUCCCCACCGAUGACUACUGUUCCAGUUUCGGUUGCACAAAGUCCACCACCUCCUACAACACAAAAUACUACCGCUGUUCCACCAUCUCCACCAGCUAGCACAAUACCCUUUUCUACAACCCCAUUCCCACCUCCCAUUAUUUCACAAGCAACUACCACAACUACCCCAAUCUCCACUACCGCAAACGAACCUCCAGUAAAUGUCAACGCUUUCUUGGACAAUGCUUUUGAACAGUAUACGGAAGCAAUUGAUAAAUCCACCAAGACUGUUGACGCAUCUACAUUUGCCUGCAAUAAAGCUACAACCGAUGUUGCGGAACUCAUAAACAAUAUCCAGAUAUUUCUUGAUUCCCUUAAGGGACAUGUUGAUGACAAUGCAGCUAAAGUAAAUGCAUCGGUUGACUCUCUCUCCAAGUCUCUUCAGGAGGAGAAACUCAAUUCAAAAGGUUCAAUUGGCUCACGUGGAUCAGGAAAUAACUUUGCAGAAAAAACCGAGCACGCAGUUUUCCAAAGUUGUGCUGGUGAUGUUCUCAAUAUGCUUAACAAUGUUCUUCAAGCUCAUGAUUCCAUUCUUACUCUUACAAUCUGGAAUCACCUGACCACCAAGCUUCUUCCUGCAACUGAACGUCUUCGUGAAAUGAAGGGUGUUACGAAGCCGUUGGUUACUCUUCAACAAGGAGGAGAAGGCACAAAGAGAACUACUACUGAUAAACCGAAAGUCAUUGUCAAAACAGAACCAAAGGUUAAUGUAGCUUCGGGUUCUGGUGAUCAAGAAAAGAUAAAAGGUCUUGUUGAAGAAGAUGAUGAUAGUGAUAAUGAAGAAAAUAUUGUUGAUCCCCUAAAGUGA